UGCCGCCGCUGCCCGCCGCGGGAGGGUGCUCCGGCAGCCGCCGCAGGGGCCUCGGGUUCCGCCGCGCCUCUCCAAUCGCGGGGCCGGGGCGGGGCCGGGGCGCGGCGGUGACAUUGCGGGGCGCCGGGCAGGGCCGCGGCAGCGCCAUGGCGGGUCGCGCCGACAGGGUUGUUAGCCUGUUGAGAAGAAAUAUUCCCUCAGUUCUGAGGGUGACUAAAGGAGUGGAUCUGAAGAUAAGCAGAAGGCUUUGCGUUAAGCCCCAUGAAGAAAGUAAACUUGAGGCAAAAAGUCGGUCUACUUUGAGGGUGCCUGGAUACAAGCCAACAGACUGGGAGAGAAGAUUUUUAUUGUGGGCAGGCCACUACAAAAAGCCAGAGGAUAUACCAGAGACUGUCUCGAUUGAAACAAUCAGAGCAGCAAAGACUACAUUGCGGGUGAAGUUCAGCUAUGUAAUGAUUGCCUUGACAAUACUGGGAUGCAUAACCAUGGUGAUUAAAGGGAAGCAGGCUGUAAAAAGGCACGAAACCCUUACAAGCAUGAACUUGGAAAAGAAAGCUCAAUGGAGAGAGGAAGCUACUCAGAGUGCAUCUGCUAAACCUUAGAGGAGGAAACAAAGAGACCAAGGAGUGGGGGAGAAAAGCUGAUGUCCUUUUCAGCCACGUUUUUCAUGUAUGUUAGUUCUGUACCCUCGUGUUCAAGAAUGAAUACAUGAUCCUGCCAUCAUUAAAACCAGAAAUGCCUAUUUUCUUUUCCUAACAA